GUAAACACCAACCCUUUCAAGAUGGUCCUCCUCAGCAUCCUUAGAAUUCUUCUUCUUUGGGGACUGGUACUUUUUACAGAACACAGAGGCCAAAUGGCAGAGGUAGGGCAGCCUUCCCCUGCUCUUCUGGCUGAGACCCCUACCUUGCCCCUGAUUCAGGAGCUGCUAGAAGAAGUCUCUGGCAAGAAACAGAGGAAGCCAGAGGUCCAAGGGCAUCCCAUGCGGUACAUGCUGGAGUUAUACCAGCGUUCAGCUGAUGCUCGUGGUCACCCUAGGGAGAACCGCACAAUUGGGGCCACCAUGGUGAGGCUGGUGAGGCCCUUGGCCAAGGUAGCAAGGCCUCUCAGAGGCCACCGGCAUAUACAGACCCUGCACUUUCCUCUGAGACCAAACCGGGUAGCCUACCAACUAGUCAGAGCCACUGUGGUUUAUCGCCAUCAACUCCACCUAGCUGGCUUCCACCGUUUAUGCCAUGUGGAGCCGUGGGUCCAGAAAAAUCCAACUAGUCACUUUCCUUCCCUAGGAAGAGGUUCCUCAAAGCCUUCCCUGCUAUCCAAAGCUUGGACAGAGAUGGAAAUCACACAACAUGUUCAGCAAAGUCUCUGGAAUCACAAGGGGCACAAGGUUCUGCAACUUCACUUCAUGUGUCAGCAGCAAAAAGAUAGUGAGGGUCUUGAACUCCUGUGGCAUGGCAUGUCAUCCUUAGACACUGCCUUCUUGUUACUCUAUUUCAAUGACACUCAUAAAAGUGUUCAGAAGACCAAACUUCUACCCAGAGGCCUGGAGGAGUUUAUGAAAAAGGACUCUUCUCUUCUCUUGCAGAGGGCACAGCGAGCAGCCAGUAUUGCAUCUAAGAUUCCUGGCCCCUCCCAGGAACAUGUUGGGCCUGAAAGUAACCAGUGUUCCCUCCACCAUUUCCAAGUCAGUUUCCACCAGCUGGGCUGGGAUCACUGGAUCAUUGCUCCCAAUCUCUAUACCCCAAACUACUGUAAGGGAGCCUGCCCUCGGGUACUGCGCUAUGGUCUCAAUUCUCCCAAUCACGCCAUCAUCCAGAACCUUGUCAAUGAGCUGGUGGACCAGAAUGUCCCUCAGCCCUCUUGUGUCCCUUAUAAGUAUGCUCCCAUUAGCAUCCUUCUGGUUGAGGCUAAUGGUAGUAUCUUGUACAAGGAAUAUGAGGAUAUGAUUGCCCAGUCCUGCACAUGCAAGUGA